GCGGGAGAUGCCCAAACGGGGGAAGAAGGCAGAGGAUGUGGACAGCGCGGACGAGCUCGAGGCCACAGAGCCCGAGGCAAAGAAGAGCAAGAAGGGGGCAGCCAAGGGCCCCAAGGAGAAGGUGGUGGAGGGCCCCAUCCUGUACCAGGAUCCGCCCAACAAGCUCACCUCCCCCAGUGGGCAGAAGUACACCCUGAAGGUCACAUCGUGGAACGUGGACGGGCUCCGGGCCUGGGUCAAGAAGAAGGGGCUGGAGUGGGUGCGUGAGGAGGACCCCGACGUGCUGUGCCUGCAGGAGACCAAGUGUGCAGAGAAGCUGCUGCCCCCCGAGAUGCGGGAGAUGCCUGAGUACCCCCACAAGUACUGGGCCUGCGCCGGUGCCAAGGAGGGCUACAGCGGGGUGGCUCUGCUCUGCAAGACUGAGCCGCUCAGCAUCACCUAUGGCAUCGGUGAGGUGGAGCACGACCAGGAGGGCCGGGUGAUAACGGCUGAGUUCCCCUCGCACUUCCUGGUGACGGCCUACGUGCCCAACGCGGGCCGGGGGCUGGUGCGGCUGGAGUACCGCCAGUGCUGGGACGCCGCCUUCCAGGCCUACCUGCGGGGGCUGGAUGCUCGCAAGCCCCUGGUGCUGUGCGGGGACCUCAAUGUGGCCCACGCCGAGAUCGACCUGAAGAACCCCAAGGGCAACAAGAAGUCGGCAGGCUUCACGCCCGAGGAGCGCCAGGGCUUCGGGGAGCUGCUGACAGCUGGCUUCACCGACACCUUCCGCCACCUCUACCCUGAAACGCCCCAUGCCUACACCUUCUGGACCUACAUGAUGAAUGCUCGCGCCAAGAAUGUGGGCUGGCGCCUUGACUACUUCCUGGUCUCGACGCGCCUGCUGGGGGCGCUAUGCGACAGCAAGAUCCGCUCCCAGGCAAUGGGCAGUGACCACUGCCCCAUCACCCUCUACAUGGCCCUGUGA